AUGUACCGCCAAUCCGCAAGUGCCAAACUCAGAGCUGGCAGGGCUUUUGAUUUAGAAGAUGAUUUGGAGUUUUGUCCUUUGUUUAUUCCAAGCGUUCGCAAACAACAAGACCCUAUGGCGAUGUUAAGAAUGAUGACGUCGGGCAAUGUUAAUAGGAGUAGUCCCACCUUCAAGUUGUCCUACCGCAAACCAUGA